UUCAGAACGUAGAUAGUGCAACUGAGUGUCCUCAGUUUCCACCACAGACUCUCAUCUUCACAGAGCAUCUGCAGAUACAAAGAAAUGGAAAUGGAUGAUGAAAACCAGAACCAGGAACAAAACCCACUGAGGGGUGACCCCAACAGCAGGGACCCCAAACAAAUUAACAAGGACAUCCAGGUGGACUUUGAGGAUGUGAUCGCUGAACCUGAUGGUAUAUACAGUGUUGAUGAGGUGUGGAAAGCCAGCUACUUCACCUUCACUGGAUCCAAGAAUUGCUGUUACAGAUUUCUGACAAUGAUGUUUGGGGUCCCCUGUUCCCUGAUGUGGGGCUGCAUCUAUGCUUGUACUUCAUUUAACCAGAUCUGGUGUAUUACGCCCUGCGUUAGGUUCUCUAAGUCAGGGUGUAAGGCUAUGCGUCAGUGCUUCUCGCUGGCAUUUGAAACCGCAUUUGAUGCACUUUUUUCUCCCUUGCGAAGGUUACGCAGCAACUUAAGCAUGGUGUUACGCAAAGAAAAUUAAGUACUGCUUAAGUGAAGUUCUUUAUUCAAGCACAAAUAAUAUUUCAAUGAAUCUUGAUAUUUUUGUAGAUGAUGAAUGAAACAUGCCAUGCCUAAUGCCAUGAAUAACCAAAAAGGAGAUGGCUAAUCAUUGAGUCUAAAUACAUAUAUGAGCCAAUUUAAUUUUACAGUAACUGAUCAUAUGUUGUUUUUAUAAUGCAUAGUCUGGCAAUAAAUAUAUUUUGGGACAUGUCAGAACAUCAAUAAACAAUAUACAGUAUAAUAUGCAUUCUUUCAUUCCAUUGACACAGUUGUACUUUGUCCCAUAACAUGAGUGAUGACAUGAUAAUAGAAUUACUAUU